AUGAGCAAACUAUCAAUAAGGAUGGGCAUUUACAUGGUUGCACCUCCACUAGCUGCUGGUGAGCUCAAUCGACCGUUGGUCGGUGAGUCAGAACGCAUUAUUUCCGAUAUUUGUAUGCGUUGCCAUCGAAUACCAUAUCUUAUGUGUUGUGUAUCGAUCGAUGAAAUCGAUUCACUUGCACCCAAACGUAAAGAUGACACGAGCGAUGGAAAUGUGGCCAAACUUAGCGUUCUAUUAUCAGUAAUUGAUGGCAUUAAAGAUGUACCAAAUUUAAUGAUAUUCUGUGCUACUAAUCGUUUACACAUGAUGGAUGAUGCAUUUCUACGACGUAUGUCUGGCAAAUUCUUCGUCGGACGACCUUCAUCUCAUGCUCGAAAGAGUAUUUUAAGUGGAAUAAAGUCUUGGCAUAUGCCACCGAGUUUACUCGAUAGUUUGACAAUGGCCACUACUAAUUUCAGUGGAGCAGCACUUCGGUAA